AUGAAAAAAAGAAUAACAUUCCUUCAUGAGGCUGAAGGGAAAUUUGACCCGGAGCAAAUAACCGUGAACAAUGACUCGAUAACUGUCCGGUCACUACACGGUCCCCGGGAGGACAGAACUACAUUCAGCUUCAAUGAGCUCCCACAGGAACUUUGGCAAGUCCUAAAACGAUGCCACGAGCUACAUAUUCGUUGGGCAUCGGACCAUGUUUACGACGCCCUACCACCAUUUACAAGCAGAGUAUCACCAGGGCUGCACGUCUUCUACUCGCCAAUCUCCCAGGAUCUCCCUUCUUCACUCCUAUGUCCAUUACUACGCAAGAUGUUUGACGAUGGCCUGAAAUGCGAACUCCCAGAGACGUCAUUCAUACCGCCGCCAGUCUUAGCUGUGAGAUCCUCCUCAACUCCGUCUCUCCAAUUCCACCAACUGCUCCCGUCCCUUAACGAGCUUGUGACGUAUAUCCAGGAGAAGCUCUGCCCGGCGUAUGGUGAUCGCAACGAAGAUACAUAUGCCAACUGCCAAUCGCAUGCAAACUCCCUGCUUUCCGUGGAUUCAUUGGAUAUCGACUAUCAAAGUUCCACGCAUAGCUUUUCAGUGGCGGCAUAUUGGUCCAAAACUUCCCAGAAAGGUGGAUGGUCGGAGACAAUACAUAAACACAAGAAAAGCACGGGCAGAAUAGAGGUAGGGAUAUUAGCGAUGAAAAAUGCAAGAGAGCCACAUGAGCUCUCCGUGGGAGGUUUCCUGGCUGUCGUUGGCGAGGAUACGAAAUUAAAUCCCACCCUCUUUCCCUUCCCAUCGCGCCACCACCCCCUCCCCCUCUCCUCAAAAUACACAAUCACCUUCCCAAAGCCAACAGGCCUCCACCCAACCCUCCACCUGUCCCUCCCCCGGUCAUCCCUAACAUCCCUACCCGAGCGUCUCCCCCCCUCGGCUGAAUGCUCGCUGUAUACCUACCUAACGCUCCCCUCCCCCCUCUUCGCCGAUAAAUACCAACUAUCUACCAAAGACCCGCUCUUCCUACACUCACACAACCUCGUCUCCCUCCACGCCAUCGCCGGUGAAACAGACCUCGAAGCCCCAGACUGGUUAACGAAGCGUUGGGGAUCUAGUUUACUGCUCGAACUGGCCACGCCGAAAGGCAACGACAAGAGAAACACAAACGACAAGGAUACCUGGCAAAUCUCCAUCCCCUUACACCUCCGCUACCUCCCCACCUCCCCCAGCGGGUACCGAAACAUCAGCAUGCCCUGGCCCGUCGUCUUCUGGGCAUGUGCGAACGAAGGUAUGAAAAUGGGGCUUAACCCCUUUGACAGAGUGAGGCUGGGCUGGGAUGACCUCUUCGCGCCCAACACGCUGUAUUACCAUUUCCACCCUGACCCGUCUGCGCAGGGGAGCGUUGCGGGCGCAGGUGCGGGUUCGAUGGUUGAGAAGAUUACGGUGCCAGUGUUGAAGAUUCGAGGUGCUGGGGAUGUGUGGGGGAUUGAGAUAGGGACAUUGGUUGUGGUGUUUCUUGGGUUUUUGUGGGUGGUGGGGAAGUUGGGGGCUGUUGCGUGGGGGAGGGAACGUGGUUCGAGGGGAGGGAGGGAGAAGAGGGAGUGA